AUGGGGAGCGAGUCGGAUCUCAAUAAGUGUACUUGUGUUUGGAAUUUUUGCCAAAACGAGGCAGCCAUGAGUGGCUGUAACGUAAUGCGGCCCUUUCUUAUCAUUAUGCUCUUACAUGGUAUAACAACAGCUCCGGUUGUGCCAACUCUGUUUGAGACCCCCAUAUUCACCUUAUCAAGUGAAACCAGGGGCUUGGAAGUACCGCUGGAUGUUAUAGCCGGUGCGGGGGUCGGCAUGAGCUCAGUACAACUCGUGGUGAACGUUCAUACUGAUAAAUUGGGAAAUAUUGAAGUCGAAACUAAUUAG